CACACACACACACCACCACCACGAACUCCAGCACGGGACAUUUGGCCAGAGCAACAGACCAGGUGGUAGAAUACGCACAUACUUCUUGCUUUCACUGUCUUUUUCCUCCAGCUGAUCUUCAACUCCAAAAAGAAAAUCGUCACACUGCUUUUUUAUGAAUCUAGCAAAUUAUUCUUAUUAUUCUGGCAUGUGCAACAUGACCGCCGAGCACUCGCCUGCCGAGGCAAGUCCCGUUGUCAUGUCUCCGAACGUGAGUUUGGACUCGCCGCUUCCUCCGCCGCCUCUGAUGCUGCAGGCCCGGUCCAAGGACAACGUUCUGAUCAAGUCUGAACCCAGGGGAACCAGUCCCAACACGGAGGAUGGAGCCGCCCUGGGCCAGACGGAGGAGCACCUGCCCACGGGGAGCCGCCGGAGGAAGAGGCCCGUCCAGAGGGGGAAACCUCCCUACAGCUACAUCGCCCUUAUCGCGAUGGCCAUUGCCAACUCCCCAGAGAGGAAGCUCACGCUGGGGGGCAUUUAUAAGUUCAUCAUGGAGCGCUUUCCUUUCUACAGAGAGAACUCGAAGAAGUGGCAGAACUCCAUCCGCCACAACCUCACUCUGAACGACUGCUUCGUGAAGAUCCCCAGGGAGCCCGGCAGACCGGGCAAAGGCAACUACUGGACGUUAGACCCUGCGGCUGAGGACAUGUUCGACAACGGGAGCUUUUUGAGGAGGAGGAAGAGAUUCAAACGCACGGACGUGAGCACCUACCCCGGCUACAUGCAGAGCUCCAGCGCCUUUACCCCAACACCAAUGGGCAGGCCGCCGUACCCCAACAGCCUGUACGCAGGGAUAGGCUCGGGUUAUGGAUCUCAGCUGACGGCCACGUCCCCGCAUCCGGCCAUGCUGCAUCACUACCAGACCUCCGCAGGGGUCGGCCAAGGACAACCGCGCAUGUUCAGCAUCGACAACAUCAUCAGUCAGCAGACGGUGGUGCAGAGCGGCCCCGGCGGAGAGCUCAGCUCCCAGGCGCUGGGACUGGGCGGCGGUGACCUGGGGACCAUGACCUCCAGCUGCUCGGUGGCCGGCGCGGACCCGUCUGCGUGCUUCCAGGCCCAGACCGUUAACCCGUCGGCGAACAUGCUGAGCAGAAACAGCGGGAACCUCUCAUCCAACCUAAGCGCCGGGUACCCGUACUCCUCUUCGGCCUCUCCUCCGAACCUGCCCGCCAUGAGCCAGUCCGGGUUCUCCCCGGGGAGCUCUCAGAUGUACUGCUCGAGCAACCGGCUCUCCCUACCGGCCCUGCGUCCGAGCUCCUGCGCAGAGCACACGGAGCAGCUGCUGGGCCUUUCCAGUCCCAUGAACUCCUACAACAACACCUACAUGAGACAGGCCAACUUUGCGUCGGGACUGGAGCGGUAUAUGUGAGAUAUUAUUUGCCCCCAAAAUGCAAAUGAACUGUGGAAGGAAUAGAAGUCCCGGAUUUUUUUUUUUUUUUUUUUUUUAAAUACGCAUUGAAUUAAUACGAACAGUAAAGUGUAUAUUAUGUCACCAUGGAUAGAAGCGAUAUGACACAAUACUACCGAGCCUCAUUAUUAAACAUUCCUAUUCCUAACAGGUGUAAAGCCAUGUAGAUCGAUUCAGACUAUGACUGGAUCUCAGAGAGUUCCGUGUGUUUCGUAUAUUGCCAGGCUGCGUUUUAGAGUUUGUUUAUAGACCUGUUAUUCAAAUCGGUUGUUUUUCCCUGUGUGUAAAUAGUUAACUGUUGUAAAAUCUUUAUUAAAAGAAGUCUUGAAAUA